AUGAACCUGCAUCCGGUAGCUUGUACUCGCUGUCGAUCUUUCAAGCGUAAAUGCUCUCGGGAACUCCCUGCUUGCCAGCGAUGCCGACGUCUCGGUUUCGAUUGCGGCUAUCUGCCUACUCGCAGAAAAAGGCUGGUGGAACAUCCAUCGCGCAAUGGCACUGGAUCAAGCAAAGGGACAUCGUCGGUGGUUAAAAACGGCCAUCUUGCCACUGAAUUCAACAGCCUCAUGGUGUUUGAUUCUUAUUUUUCACUUUUUAUCCCGUCAAGUUUCAUCUGUCACCAACCGCGCGUGAAGCGUCAAUACAUCGAGGGCACCAUAUCGGCUUUCAUGCGUGAUUCGAUAUUUUCUAUAGCUCUGCUGUUGCUGCAAUCAAAGACAGCAUUUACAGAACCCUCGGGACUACCGAGAACGAGACCACCAUCGGAACUGUGGGCCGAGCGCGCCAACAUGGCUGUCAAGCAGGUCUUCCGUCCAACUCUGGAGACGGUCCAGACUCUCUACAACAUUUCAGCUUACUGGUGUGCGACAGGGAAGACACAUUAUCUCAAAGAAGCUGCUAGUAAUGCAAUGCGAUCCGCCCAACAAGUGGCGGUUCGUAGCCCCCGCUUGCCUGUUGGUGAAGCUAGCGAACUGAAGCAAUCCUGCUUCUGGAUCGCAAUGACAUGUCGAUGUCUGCUCAACAAUGACGAGACUGUUGCUUCUUUCGAUGCGGUGCUGGAGGAUCAACUCCCAACACGAGAGGAUAUUCUCCCGCAACGUCCAGACACCCUUCUGGGGAGUGAACUUCGUGGAAAUAUUAUGAGGCUUGUCGAGAUCUGGUGCGUAAAGGUGUUCUCAGCUUAA